UUGGAUGGAACAUUUUUAUGGAAUGAGCCUGUCUCCAAAUGGUAGCAGCAGCAUUAGGCUACCCGUGGAACAUAGAAAUCGUUUGUUCAAGAGACAACAGAAAGCAUGUGGCGUUUGCGGGGACCGGGCCAAAAGUUAUCAUUUCGGUGGUAUUUCCUGUGAUAGCUGUAAGGCCUUUUUCCGACGCUCCGUCCAGAACGAAGGGUACAGGAACUUUCACUGUCCAUACGGAAAAAAAUGUGAAAUUAAUAUUACUUCCCGCAAAUGUUGCCAGUACUGUCGCUUUCAGAAAUGCUUGUCAAUCGGUAUGGAGAAAGGGUGGGUGAUGACGGAGGAGGAAAGACAGAAUUUGUUACGUAGUCGAAUGGAGAGAAAACAGCAACAAGGUAUAUCUCAGUCUGCGAAACCCCGACAGAAAAUGAAUGUGUGCGGUCAUGAUCCAGAUAUUAGCGAAUUGGGAAAAUACCUAACUGAAGAUGAUGUGCAAAAUAUAGAAACUAUAAUUAAUUCUUACGAAAUUAGUUAUCAAACUAUUACGUUUACUAAUAAACUGACGCUUCAGACACGUGAGAGAAGUCGAACAGAAAUUCUUGACAUGUUUUUCACUGUGAUAAAACAGUUUUCUCAUUUCGCGCAAAGUCUUGAAUGUUUCUCCUACAUUCCACAAAGAGACCAGGAAGUACUGCUGCGGAGUGGCGUAAUGGAGAUGUGUUUUCUUCGUGGCGCCUAUGUGUUUGAUAACAAGCGUGGCUGUUGGCCAGAUCGUAAGAAAGUGUUAUACAGAGACGCGCCCACGUUGAAAGCUGAAGACAUCAUGAAGCUAGUCUCACCCACACUAUUUGAGAAACACAUGAGAUUUAAUGAAGGAAUUAAAGAGCUGAGUCCUGAUGAACCAACGAUAAUGUUACUUCUUGUAACAGUUCUUCUGUCUCCAGAUCGCUCUAACCUGGAGAAUGUAGACCUAGUCACAGAACAACAGGAGAAAUAUUAUAUUUUAUUAAAGAACUAUAUGCUGUGGCGCUAUGGGCCUGACCACACGACUGUCCUUUACCCUAAGCUGUUUUUGAAGCUUCCAGAUCUGCGCGAGUUAAACGAAGCCCACACUGGCUACCACUUGAAGCUAAACAAGGAUGAAAUGGAAGAAAUUCACAAACAGCUCUCCACUCUUCAACUAGACUCUAGAUUGGCUCCAGAGCUUAGUGGAGCUGGAAAUCACUGGAGUUUUAGAAGAGAUAUUCUAAUGGAUCUUAGAUCUUCGUGGCCACUGGAGAGGAGGAUUCUAGUUCCAGUGAGGGUUUGGAUAAGUGUUUCAGGGUUAAGUAGUGUGAUGAUCAAGCAGCUAAAGAUCCACUAUUGUGAUAAUACACUUAAACGUCUUUUAAAGAACUUAGGAAGUUUUAUAACCAAAAACAUGUUAUAA